AUGGUGAUAACUGACUGUCCUUUCUCAAGCAAAAAUCCAAGCAGUGCAGGCCAAAGCAUCAAACUUUCCUUGCUAAUAUUUCAUCGAAUACAUUACUUCACUCCCAAACAAUUUUCCUUCACUUUUAUCCACUACUUAGUUUCCAUCGAAUCUUUUCUUCCCGCCAAACAGGAACGAUUCAGAGAAUUCCAACUACGAAAAAUGGGUUGUAUUCAGGCGAAGCACGGCGACUCCCCGACUCAGAGCAGGGGCAGCGUUCAGAGGUUGAAAGAGAAGUAUGGUUAUGCUAGCGGUAGUAGAGCUGAGGAUGGGUCACUUGUAACUGCAAAACAGGUUGAUAAAGUUGUGGUGUUUCAGACUGAGGGUGCUAAAAUAAAUGUGGUUGAUCUUGGUUGUGGAGCGGACCUUGAGAAGGAGACUAGUAUUGGCGGGAAUAUCAAAAGUAAUUCGACGAAAACUGCCAGGAAGAACAAGAAGAAGCAUAAUAUAGGAGGAGAUGAACUUGUUAAUGGAUGGCCUAAAUGGCUUGUAGAUAAUAUAGCUUCAGAGGUUUUGGCUGGUUUGAUUCCAAAGAGUGCUGAUUCCUAUGAUAAACUUGCUAAGAUUGGCCAUGGAACCUACAGCAAUGUGUACAAAGCCCGAGAUAGAAGGACUAGAAGGAUUGUUGCUUUGAAGAAGGUCCGAUUCGAUACAUCAGAGCCGGAGAGUAUCAAGUUCAUGGCAAGAGAGAUAAUGGUACUACGGAAGCUGAAUCAUCCUAAUGUAAUCAAGCUUGAAGGGCUUGCCACAUCAAGAAUGCAAUAUAGUCUUUAUCUGGUUUUUGAUUUCAUGCAAGCAGACUUGACCAAAGUUAUCUCCCGUUCGGGACAGAAGCUCAAUGAGGCACAGGUCAAAUGCUAUAUGCAACAGUUGCUUUCUGGGCUACAUCACUGUCAUGAGGUGGGGGUUUUACACCGUGACAUUAAAUCUUCCAAUCUGUUAGUAGAUAGAAGUGGAAGACUCAAAAUUGCAGAUUUUGGGCUCGCGAAUUUCUUUCCUCCUAAACAAAAGCAUCCUCUUACAAGCCGAGUUGUGACACUCUGGUAUAGAGCUCCAGAGCUUUUGUUAGGCUCAACGGAUUAUGGAGUUGGUAUUGACCUUUGGAGUGCUGGAUGUCUAUUGGCUGAGAUGUUCAUUGGACGACCAUUCAUGUCAGGCAGAACAGAGGUUGAGCAACUUCAUAAGAUCUUUAAGCUUUGUGGUGCACCGUCAGAUGAUUACUGGAAAAAAAUGAAACUACCAACAAGUUUUAGGCCACCUCAGCAUUACAAACCUACUCAUGAAGAAGUCUUCAGAAAUUUUCCUGACUCUUCUUAUGGUCUCUUGACUCAACUUCUUGCUUUAGACCCAGUAAACCGAGGCACUGCUGCUUCUGCUCUUCAAAGUAAUUUCUUUUGUACAAGUCCCUUGGCGUGUGAACUUUCAGCACUACCAGUUAUUUGCACGGAAGAGAAUGAAGCAACUCAAACCAAUGAAAAGAAGCUGAGGAAUUCAAGAUCAAAGAAAUCAUCUCAGACAGAUCGCAGAACUCGUCGACUGGAGCUACUUCGUGAGCAAGCUAAACGUGCUAAUGAACCUUCUGAGGAGGAAAAACAUUCUGAUCAACCAAACAUGUACAACAACCAAGAUACUGGCAACAGUGCAAGUAGCGGUACAUCAUCAAUGAAUAAGGAAGUAAGAGGAGAAGAAAAUCAGAUGAUAUUCCAGACAUAUCUAUCUCCAAUUCUGAAAUCUGACCAAAAGAGAUUUGCAAGAAGUGAGGCUCAUCCCAAUGGUCUUAAGAACAUUAAUUUGGAUAUUUUUAAGAAUGUGAAAGGCUGUACUCUAUUAGAGGCCUCAGUCACUGAUCUCAUUAACCCCAAAGAAGGCAGUGCCUUGACUCAGUAUUUCAGGUCCCUUUCUGCUUUGGAUUUUCGAAAUCGUGAUCCUCCUGAAAUCUCUGACAUAUCAUUUGGAUCACACAAAGAAUAAUCUUAGUUAGGGCUUGUUAUUAAUAUUGAAUUGAAUUAUAUAUUAUAUUUUUAUAUAAUUUUAUAUUAAACUUUAA